AGUGACGCGAAUAUAAACAUUGAAACGGAAAAUUUUAUACUUUUCAAAUUGCAUAGUUUUAAGUGAUUUUCAGUUUAAUUUCGGUCAUGGAUUCACUAGCAGAAACAGUUGAAACAUGCUGUGUUACGGUCGAUUUGACUAACGUUUUUGAUUAUGCUGCUGGUGGAAGCCGUUUAGUCGUCGAGGGUGAACGAGUUUAUAAAGCUGGACACUUGCUUAUAGUUGGAGUUGAAGAGAUCCACCAGGACGGCGUCAGAAUUUUCUCUACAUGUCUGCAAUCUUCUUCACCAAGUUCAGAGCCACAUACCAUCAGAAUAAGGACGAGGUGCUCUUUUCCAGAAUGGUCAUUUCAAUGUUCCUGCAAGGCUGGAAUGGGGAAGUGCAAACACGUCAUGGCAGUUCUGUAUUAUUUGCUCAAGACCCCAACGGUUGCACUGCUAACUGUGACCGACGUGAAGCAAAAAUGGGGGAAAAUUGCAGCGAAAACAGCCUCGGAUAUGUAUAAGACAACACGUAUAAGAGACCUAUGCUAUUGUAGGAGAUGGUUUGGUGGUGAUUCUUCGGAAAAAUAUUUGGACAACAGUGUACUUAACGAUUCUGUUUUUGAAGAUUCAAACUUAAACGCCAAACAACAUCAGAGUGUAAUGACCAACGAAACGGAAGCGGCAAGGAUAUUAUGUUUUUUGACCGAAGCUUUUCCCGAAAGUUCUCUCUAUUAUGAGAUACUUGGGAGAACAUCAGUUCAUAGUACGAUGGAAAACGAAAACCAACAACAGAAGGAGAUAGUUGACGAUUUUUUGUUGCAAGAAAUAUGCGACCGAAAACUAUCAUCAAUGUCUUUGUGCUCACUUAUAUCCCACUUAUAUCCCAGAAUAUUCGGAGCAUCUGUUAAGCCGGCAAUUUUUCGAACAAGACGAAAGUUCUUCACCAAGCGGUUUAUAGAACCACUUGAGCUUGGUAGAACAAAUCCCAAUUCGGUGGUGCAUUUCAUUCGAAAAGCUGAGCCGUGUUGGGGAGAAGCUGUUAGUCAAACAAUGACGAUCACUUCCAAUAGCGAUACGCCAUAA